AUUCUAAGAUAUGAAUUUAUAAUUUUUAGGUGUCGGCCUGGUGACCCGCAAAAUGGGAGCAAGUGUGAGCCCAGUUGUCGAGUUGACCAAAGACGACAACGACCUGUACACUUUGAAGACAACGAGUACAUUCAAGACCUCUGAAGUUAAGUUCAAGCUCGGGGAGGAAUUUGACGAAGAGACACCGGAUGGUCGCAAAGUUAAGAGUGUCAUAACUUUAGAUGGCAAUAAAAUGAGUCACAUUCAAAAGGGAGAAAAAGAUACAGUCAUUGAACGAGAGUUCACUCCUACGGAAAUGACUGCUAUCAUGAAAGUAGACGACAUCGUUUGUACUCGUGUCUACAAACUUCAAGCAUAA